AUGCAUGCACCACACACACACACACACACACACACAUACAAAUACACACACACAUUCAUAUACAGCCCCUUCCCCAGCCAGCCUUGCAACCAGUACGCCCAGCAGCAUUUACAGUUCACGAGGCAGCAACGAUGGAAUGAGAGGGAGCGCGAACGCGAGCAGGAGAAGGAGCAGGAGCAGCUGCAACAGAUACUACACAAGGACCCCAGCAAGCAGAGUGCGGUGGCCAGUGCGGUGGUGAAGCAGAAGCUGCAGCAGAAAAUACUCCAGAAGCUGGAGAGGACAAGCUCCGCCCCCCUCAGCACACCUCCCCGCGGAUACAGGGAGCUGGCUCCAGACCCGGAGAUGCCCCCCAAGUGUCACCUGGUGAGCCCCCCGAUGCCACAGCAGCCAGAGUACCCCAAGGAGAGGGCCCUGCGGAGGACAGCCUCUGAGCCCAUCUUGAAAGUAAAAGCAAGCAAAGUGAGGAAGGGCAGCCUGAGAGCCAACCCCCUAAGAAGCAAACACAGACACACAGACGGCCCGAUGGACUCGUCUCCCAGUAGCAGUAGCACCCCCGUGUCUGACUGCAGCUCGUCCAAUGACAGCCUGCCAGACAGAGUGCUGCCCCUGCCCACUCAGCUGCCCCCAGAGGAGAUCAGUGGUCUUCUGUCGUCUCGUCUGCAGCCUGUGCUGAUCCUGGAGCCCUCAGGCCUGGUGCACACACAGUUCAUCACAGUGCCCACUCUGGCGUCGGUGCCCCUGCAGUACCCCCCCACCAUGGACCGCCUGGUGCCCCCCAGCACCCACAAGGCUCUGGGCCGCACCCGCUCGGAGCCGCUGUCCCAAGCCCAGGGCCACAGCGCCGGGCUCCCCCACGCCCUCCUCCUGCAGCAGGGCAAGCCCCUGGAGAGGCUGCCCCAGCACUCCCCCCUCAGCCAGUUGGCCUGUAAGCCUCGGCUCAAGCAGAUCCUGUCUGAGGAUCUGGACCCAGAGGAAGACGAGGAGAGCGAGGAGAGAGAGAGGGAGCGGGAGAGAGAGAGGGAGCGAGAGCGGGAGAGGGAGAGAGAGAGGGAUCGCGAGCGGGAGACGAGCAGGGAGGCCGGCGGGGGGCUGGUGUUCAGGCGCGUGGAACCCCAGCCCAGCAUCACCAUGAAGGAGAGCCAGAGGGAGCACAUCGGCCUGCAGAACUCCAUCAUGAGACAGAGGCUGGUGUCUCUGGCCACCAUGCCCGUGAUGCCCAGCGGUGGCACCCAUCGCCCCCUGGGCCGCACCCAGUCCUCGCCCGCCUCCACCUCCUACUCCGUGCCUGACACCACUGUGCCCUCGCCCGUCACGCCCGAAGCUGCCAGCAAGCUGCGCUUCACCACGGGGCUCGUUUAUGACUCGCAGAUGCUGAAGCACCAGUGUACCUGCGGUGAUAACAGCUCUCACCCCGAGCAUGCUGGGAGGAUCCAGAGUAUUUGGUCUAGGCUGCAGGAGAGAGGCCUCCGCAACCAGUGUGAGACUAUCCGUGGGCGUAAGGCUACUCUGGAGGAGCUUCAGUCUGUGCACUCGGAGAAGCACGUGCUGGUCUAUGGCACCAACCCCCUCAACCGACUCAAGCUGGACCGCUGCAAAAUCACAGGAAUAUUAUCACGGAGGAGGUUUGUGAUGCUGCCCUGUGGAGGCUUUGGGGUGGACUCUGACACGGUGUGGAAUGAGAUGCACACGUCGACAGCGUCGCGGAUGGCUGUGGGCAGCGUGACUGACCUGGCCCUCAAGGUGGCCCAGGGAGAACUCAGGAAUGGCUUUGCCGUGGUGAGACCUCCUGGACAUCAUGCCACUCACUCGGAGCCCAUGGGUUUUUGUUUCUUCAACUCUGUGGCAAUUGCAGCAAAGCAGCUCCAGCAGAGAGUGCAACACGUCAACAAAAUCCUGAUUGUUGACUGGGAUGUGCACCAUGGCAACGGCACACAGGAGAUCUUCUACAGUGACCCCAACGUCCUCUACAUCUCCCUACAUCGCUAUGACGACCGGACCUUCUUCCCUGGCAGCGGUGCCCCUGAGGAGGUGGGCAUGGGCGCAGGUGAGGGCUUCAAUGUGAACGUGGCCUGGACCGGAGGACUCAACCCACCCAUGGGGGACGCAGAGUACCUGGCAGCCUUCAGGACGGUGGUGAUGCCUAUUGCCCAGGAGUUCUGUCCAGACGUGGUGCUGGUGUCGUCGGGCUUUGAUGCUGUGGAGGGCCACACAGCCGCCCUGGGGGGCUACCGUGUCUCCGCAAAAUGUUUUGGCUUCCUGACCCGGAAGUUGAUGGAGCUGGCUGGGGGUCGCGUGGUGCUGGCUCUGGAGGGCGGUCACGACCUCACCGCCAUCUGCGACGCAUCUGAAGCCUGCGUCAGCACCCUGCUCAGCAACGAGGUGGAGUCUCUGUCUCAGGAAGUGCUUCAGCAGAGGCCCUGUGCUAAUGGCGUUCGCUCCCUUCAGCGCAUCAUACAGGUUCAGAGGCAGUACUGGCGCUCGGUGAAUACUCUGGCCCACACGGUGGACAUGUCCUACAUGCAGGCCCAGCGCCGCGACUCAGCCAGCGACGCCGUCUCCGCCAUCGCCUCUCUCUCCGUGGGAGUGCACAGCAAGAGCAGCUCUGCUCACCAUGAGUACAUGGGACAUGACCCUGACCACUCCAUGUAAGAGGCAGCUGGCUAUGACAUCCUCCACCACCCCAACCAACCCAACCAACCCAACCCAACCCAGCCCUACCCAUCACCCCCCCAGGACAAGCCCCUCAUCUACUGAUGCCUUUUAACUCUUCUUAUCUGGGGGUCCUUAUGGAGGGAGGAGAACUGUGGUGGUGAUGAACUGAAUGUUGUGUCUUUCAGUGUCUUUCCUUUUUUUUGCUAUCCGACUUAUAAGCUUUAAAAUACCAGCAACGACAAAGAGGAGUGAACCAGCGACGUGGGAUUCUUUUUUGAAAUGAAAAAAAAAUCGACAAACGAUGUCAAUGAAAUGUCAUGUGGACAUUGAACUUUUUUAGUGUCGAAUGAAUAAUAGUGAAUCUUCAGAGAAUCUUCUUUUGUGACUGCUCCUGUGGCAGCGCCUGUUCACUCCUUCAGCAUUCAGUCUUUUUUGAUACUGAUAGUUUUCAAACUGUCGAGUGCAGUAGGUCGAUAUACGUAUCCUUUAGGCUGUACUCCGUAGCUACUUGAUUAUACGUCACAGCAUACUAUCGGGAUUGCAGAUCGAUGCCAUUUGGCAUAAAAGACGUUCCACUGUUACAGGUUCAUCACACCUGUCUCGGUAUGCAAGAUCAAGUUUGGAUGUGAUCACUUGAAAGAAAUGGAUGGGUUGGUUACAAGCACGUUGGGCUCAUAACGCUUGUAAUUUGGACCACUGUGGAGGUUGGAAGAAGUAUUAUGGCGGUAUGAGCCGUUUCGAGGUAUACCAAAGAAGGAGGCGCCAGUAUGCUGGAUUCACUAAGCCACACCACAAGCAGUGCCUUUCUCACUUUGAAGUGAAGAAAAAAGGUGUUUUUCUUUUUUUAAAGUGAAACCAGUUAAUUGUGAGCACUGUGCUGAAGUUCUGUUAUACUGUCCUGGGGUUGUUUUGUGGCACCAACUCUGAUGUAAGACAUGAAGCAUUUUUUUUUAUUAGGUGGAGCUUAUGAAGGAAUUUUUCCAGAAAGCGUUCAGGAAGUAAACAAAAAUAGAUGUUCCUGUUCGUACUGAGUUGUUAGUUUAAACUAUGCCUUUGAGUCAUUCCUUUUUCUUCUUCAAAAACCAAAACAUGCGGCUGUCUUAAGAAAUGAUUCCUUAAAAAACAGGAGACCUCUAACUUCUUUUUCCAAUUCAGUGUAACUCCACUGCCAGUGAUUUUGAAUUUUUUGAGUUCAGUUAAGUGCAGCAUGAAACAGACGAGCAGAAAAAAAGAUGUAAAAUCAAAACGAGACCGUCUUCUUGAGAUGCCGUGCCUUAUAGUGACAUGCUGGACUACAGAGAAUUCUGUCCACUGAUGAAAAUGCACUCCCGUUGUCUUAACAAAGCAUUGAACUGUAGCUGAAGAAAAAAAAAUCCUGCCAUAUUUUGUCUUUGUACAAUUUGUUCCUCAUUUAAACAAAUCUUUUUUUUAAAUGUUUUUAUGUCACCCAUGAAGACCAGUGUUUUAACCUGUGGAGAUACAGUAUAUGCCCACUAUGUUACAGUUCAUACUUAUUUUAGGCUGCAUUCCUUCACUCUAUAUAUAAAUAUAUAUAUUUUCUAUUAGACCGGUGAGCUAAGUGAGCCUCACAGCCUCUGAGUGUGUUACUGAAGGUUGUUUUAAAGUAUAUAUUUAUAUAGAGUUUCACUUUGUGGACCAAUGAGUGAUUUUUUUUUAUACUGUUGGGUUUCUGUCUGCAUGUACAUGUAGUUUGGUGUGUGCUUAGCCUACAGUUAGCGUUGGGUUCGGUGCUAGUACAGCUCCCGUUGCUGAAGCAUAUAUAGACCUAGCGGCCUUAAUGACAUAGUCCUCCGACACAAGACGACUCCCGGGACACUCUAGCUGUUUCGCUAGUCCCUUAUUUUGUUGUCAUCACCUCCGUGACGGGUGGCUUGAUGUUCUCCAGUGGCCCUGUGUGACAUUGUGUGGCUAGAUGUUUUGGUGGCCUCGGCCAUGUUUCUGGCCUUUAAACUCCGUCCUUGCCCUCAUGGAGACGAUGACGACACGCACCGUGGCCUGGUUGUUGUUUUUUUGCUCUCAUCCCAUAGUCGCUAAGAAAGUGAUAGAGACACAGAGGAAGAGGGAGAGAUAGAAGAAUAAAGCGAAAAAAGAGAGGAAGAGAGAGAGAGGGAGUGCUUGCUGGGGCCGUGGUAUCAUCUGGAACCGUUAUGAGUGUGUAUCAGAGGGUCUUCUGGAAUCAUAAAAGAGGGAGGGGGGAGGGGGGGGGGGGUAUUCUGAUGGAGCUCCAUUCCCUGACGUUUGAAUUCCAGGAACACAGUGAUGGAAUUAACCCUGAACCUCGUCUCACCUUCCCAAGGCUUUUCAUUUCUUCGCCCCUCCACCCCCCCAUAAUCGAAUCUCUUCGGGCCCACUGAGGCCUGUCUCCAGCCCAGAUCAGAGCACCUGAAUGUAACUUGACAUCUCGCACAUUUUGUUUGCAUUGAUCUCCACGCUCUGAUGUGGCCGAUACUCAAGUUACGCUCCUCACAGAAACGCAUGCAACUCCCCUCCCUUCCCCCGUCCCAAUCCAAACUGAUCCUACCAUUUUUUUCUGUAAUUGCAAAAAGCAGAAUCUUUUUUUAAAAAUGUCUCAUAUGUGAAAUCUCUUUCGUGAGCCUAUUCAGUAUGACUGUCAUGAAAAGGUGCGAUCGUGUGCACUGGAAGCUCUCUUGCAUCCCAUGUGUCUUGUAGCCGUCACAUGACUUUGUGGUGCACUUCAGGAACCCGGGCAAUGAAUGUCUUAUUAGGUUAGUCAGAGACUGAGUAAAUGUUUUAUAUUUGCUUCAUAAAUAGAAUUUAAAAAAUGUAUGUGCCCAGCGCAAUCUUACUAAAAAAAAAGUUUAUUUUUUGCCUAUUCCUUGUUGAUUGAUGAGUGGGCAACGUUUCUCUAGAAGGAGCACUGAGAGACGACUAACUGGAUCAGAUGUCCAUGGAAUCUUGAUUUUAAGAGUAGAAUUCCCUUAUUAGUGACAAAUGAAAUAAAAGAGUAGCACUUUCCUUUAUUGUGGUGAAGAUGCCCUCGUGCAUACUGUAUGUUUUUUGCCCUUGUUUUUAUGUAUAGUAUAUUUUUUGUUUGUUUUGAUUGUUUGUUCAUGAAGUAUAAGUUGGUCAUGUUGACAUGCUGCACAUGUCGUUAAAGAAAAAAACCCUUUCUUUUCGCCCAGAUCAUCUCGCCUGUGUGUGUCUGUGUCUGUCUGUGUGUUUGUGUGUCAUAUCUGAACUGUGUGUCUCGAUCGUAAAGAUUCGAACGCUCUUCUUUUGAUCUAUUCUAUGGUUAGAAUUGUAGAUAGCUUAAGGAGACCAAAAGCAUCACUAUGUGCCUCAAACCAAGCUGACAAACCUGUCUAAAGGUAGCCUUAAUGAAAAAAAAGAAAACUGGAAAAUUAUGCAUUGAAAAAAAUAGCUUUCUGAGACAAGAGAAUGAUAUCUUUUAACUUUUUUUUCAUGUUAUUGGAUGUAUCCAAUGUAUUUGUACAGGUGAGAAUGACUAUACAUUUUAUACUGUUUUCUACUCAUUUCCUUCAUUAAAAAGAAACCCAUGUUUGUCCCUGAA